AUGCAAUAUCUUCAACCUGUUCUUUGUACAGAGUAGCCAGCUGAAGAAUCAAUAUUGCUUUAAUUCAAUUAGUCAUCUUAAGCAAAAGCAGCAUUACAAAGUCCAAUUUUACAAAACGAAAAUUACUUCAUAAAUUCAGCAAACAAGGACCUAAUCAAACUUCAUGAUACGUAACCAUAUAUAUAAUACGAUAUUAGUAUGGCUUCAAAGGAAAAGGCUGGAUCAUCUUUGAUCUAAUACUUUCAUAUAAGACAUUUUAUUCAUUCGAUAAUGAAGAAAAGAAAGUACUUGACAAAGUUUUCAAGAAUUCAUUUUAACUUAAUAAAUGAUAAUGCUUCUUAUUUCAAUCUCAAAAUAUUAAGAUAAAAUGCUUUGUCGUUGAAACCAAUUUCUUAGACAAUAUAACAAACUAUGAGAUAGACCACUAGAAGUCUAAAGAAAAAUCAAGAAUGGUGGAACAAGCUCUCAUAAUAAUUCGAAAAAUGCUUAAACUUGCUUCCUUUAGUAUAUCCAGAUGAUAAACUAAAAGUUAGAUGGGAUUGUAUUUUAGUAUUACCUCGGUUUUAUUUUAUGUGUAUUGUACCAGUUGAUUUGGCUUGGACUUAAGAAUAAGUAUUGUUUGGUUAUGCUUUCAUACCAACAUUGAUAUCUUUAGGAUUAAUUAUUAUAGAUUUCUUUUUUGGUUUUGCCUGUAGUUAUUAUGAAGAUGGACAAAUAAUGGUUGACAGAAAAAAAGUGUUUUUGCAUAAUCUAACAAAAUCAUAUGGAAUUGAAUUAGCAUCAACUGUGGUUUUGAUUAUCUUUUUAAUCUUCCAAGUUGGCUAUGGUUAAUAGGUUGAUAUUUCAAAAGACAUCUAUUAUUUACUCUUAUUAUUUUCUUUAGUGUAAUACAGAAACAUUAUGAAAAUACGAGAACAAUUGGAGGAUGCUUUAAAUCUUUCAGAAUAUGGCAGUUCCAUUGUAGAACUCGUAAAAUUGUUAUGUUUGGUUUGUUACGUUAUUCAUAUAUUUGGUUGUUUAUGGUUUUGGGUAUUUAUUAUUUAUUAUACUAAUAGGUUGGAUAUUAUGGUUCAACAUAUUUAGAAGAGGGAUGGCUGGUUGGAUAAGAAGUAGUAACAGCUAACUUUGGUACCUAAUAUUUGAGAGCCAUUUACUUUUCUACCGUUACAAUGUUCACAGUUGGGUAUGGAGAUAUAACACCAAAAACGGAACCUGAAUAUAUUCUGGCAAUUAUCUUUAUGAUGGUUAGUAGUAUUCAAUUAUCUUACAGUGUGAGCACUGUAGGAGCUGUUCUUGAGAAAAUCACUUCUUUUAAAGAAAUUAAAUAAAAAAAACUUAGUAUUAUAAAUAAUUUUAUGGAAAAAAAACAAAUAAAUUCUAAAUUGUAAUUUUAAGUAAGAUAAUAUUUAAACUAUUAUUGGAAUAUGUAACAAGAUGAAGAGACUUAGGCUGAAUAAACUAUCAUUGAUUAAUUAAGUUAAACUUUGAAAGAAAAAUUAACAUAUGAGGCUAAUUCUAGAAUUCUAAAUUAAUGUCUAUUCAUUAAAGAGAAUUUUUCAGAUAAAUUUUAAAAGAAAUUAGUGGAAAAGAUUAGUUCUCAAUAUUUACAACCAGAAAGCACUAUAGAAUUUUAGAAGUUUUUCAAAAGAAUUAAAAAAAUGGAAAAAAGUGAAUUUUAAUGUUUAUGUUUUAUUGAAAUGGGAAAGGUUGAAUCAUUCAUUGAAGAUCCUAAUACUUAAAAUGUUAUUGCUUCAAAUAUUACAAGUUAUGAACAAGGAAAAUGUUUUAAUGAAAUUGCAUUUCUUACUGGAUAAGAUUUUAAGGAAAAAUUCAAAACUGUAGAAUUUACUAAAUUACUUAUUUUAUCUAGAAAAGACUUUUUAGCAAUAAUGAAAGAUUUCCCUUAAGAUUAUGAAAAAUAUAAAGAACUUGUAGAUGAUUUCAAUAUAAACAAAGAAAUGUCAAUGUUAAAAAUCUAAUGUUAAUCUUGUCAUUCUUACAAACAUUUAACUGUUGAUUGUCCUAUUGUACAUUUUGUUCCUGAAAAAGAAGUUAUUAUUAAAAGAUGUGCUUUUUCAUAAUUUUAAUAAAGAAAACAUAUAAAAAGAUCAAAAACAAGAACAAAACCAACUAUUAAGACUCAAAGAUUAGUAGCAAUGCAAGCUAAUAAAAUGUAUAAUUAAGUUACAAAUGAUCCUACCUAUUGCAAUAUCUAUGAAGUUCAAGAUGAAUAAAUAUUUACAGCAGUUGAAGAACCUCAAGUGAUAAAUCAAAAUCAAUAGCAUGCUUAAAUUCAAAUUAUCGGUUCUUAAGCUAAUAGUUUUAUAUAAAAUUCUAUUUCUGUUCUACCUUAAUAACCAGAAUCACCUAAACAAAAAAAAGUUUAAAAGAAUCAAAAUCAUCUAAGUGUAAGAGCAGUUAGACAUAAAAUUAUACCUUAAAAACAAUUUCGUUUGGGAUUUAAUGUUAUAACGGCUGCAAAGUUUUGGUCUAAAGUAACAAAGAUUAGAAAAAAUAGUUCAUUAUCUAUAGAGAAUUAAAAUAAGGAGUUGCAAUUAAGAAAAGCAUUGAUAAAUGAAUAAAUUGAAUUAGUUCCAAAAUCAAUUUUGGAUGAUAUGUUCUUUGCAGAAUAAAUGUUUUAAAAGCUUCUGACAUAACAAUAAGUGGAAGAUUAAUUUGAUUAAAUAAGAGAAUGUAAAAAGUAUAAACCUUAAGAUAAUUUAAAUUAACAACUUUGUAAAUAGGAUUUGAUUUAUGAAAAGUGUUCACCUAAUGAAUUGAUAUUCUUCUAAAAGAUAAGAGAAAAAUUAUCUAAGUUUAUGUGUUUCCCGCAUUAAUAUAUAUUGAGAUAUAAAUAUCCUUUAUCUAUAUCUUCAAAAAUUGGAUUAGUGGUUGAUGUUAAAAAACUUAAAAGGUAAGGGAAAAGCAAAUCCAAGAUUGGAAAGUCGAUGAAUGAAAAGAGAUGA